UGGACUUCCUCCCGCUGUUUGUCUCGCUCUCCCGCUGCACUUUCCUCGGUGUUCCUCCUCCUCCUCUCUUCUCUCCGACAUGGCGAAGCCUCUGAGCGACCACGAGAAGCGCAAGCAGAUCAGUGUGCGCGGUAUCGCUGGUCUCGGAGAUGUGGCCGAGAUCAAGAAGAGCUUUAACCGGCACCUGCACUUCACUCUGGUGAAGGACCGGAACGUGGCGACGCCGCGGGAUUACUACUUCGCCUUGGCGCACACGGUGCGGGAUCACCUGGUGGGCCGCUGGAUCCGCACCCAGCAGCACUACUACGAGAAAGACCCCAAGAGGGUCCACUACCUCUCUCUGGAGUUCUACAUGGGCAGAACCCUGCAGAACACUAUGAUUAACCUGGGCCUGCAGAACGCAUGUGAUGAAGCCAUCUACCAGCUUGGACUGGAUCUGGAAGAGCUGGAGGAGAUUGAGGAAGACGCUGGCCUGGGGAACGGUGGACUGGGUCGUCUCGCAGCAUGUUUUCUGGACUCACUGGCAACCCUGGGUUUGGCGGCGUAUGGUUAUGGCAUUCGCUACGAAUUUGGAAUCUUCAACCAGAAAAUCUCUAACGGUUGGCAGGUGGAGGAAGCCGAUGAUUGGCUGCGCUAUGGCAACCCCUGGGAGAAGGCCCGUCCUGAGUACAUGCUCCCGGUGCAUUUCUAUGGCCGCGUGGAGCACACGAAGGAGGGGGCUAAGUGGGUGGACACUCAGGUGAUCCUUGCGAUGCCGUACGACACUCCUGUCCCCGGCUACAAAAACAACACCGUCAACACAAUGAGGCUGUGGUCUGCCAAAGCACCCAACGACUUCAACCUUCAAGAAUUUAAUGUUGGAGACUACAUCCAGGCUGUGUUGGACAGGAACCUGGCGGAGAACAUCUCCCGAGUGCUUUAUCCCAACGACAAUUUUUUCGAGGGUAAGGAGCUGCGUCUCAAGCAGGAGUAUUUCGUAGUGGCCGCCACUCUACAGGACAUCAUCCGCCGCUUUAAAUCCUCCAAGUUUGGCAGCAGAGACCAAGUGCGCACGUCACUGUCGAACUUUGCAGAUAAGGUGGCGAUCCAGCUGAAUGACACUCACCCUGCUCUGGCCAUCCCUGAGCUCAUGAGGAUCCUCCUGGAUGUGGAGAAGCUACGCUGGGAUAAGGCAUGGGAGAUCACCACCAAGACGUGCGCGUACACGAACCACACGGUUCUCCCGGAAGCUCUGGAGCGCUGGCCUGUCUACAUGUUUGAGAAACUUUUGCCCAGACACCUGGAGAUCAUCUAUGAGAUCAACCAGCGUCACCUGGACAGAGUCUCUGCGCUGUACCCAGGAGAUACGGAUCGCCUCCGCAGGAUGUCCCUAAUCGAGGAGGGCGAUCCCAAGAGGAUAAACAUGGCUCACCUGUGCGUGGUCGGAUCUCACGCAGUCAACGGCGUCGCUCGCAUCCACUCAGAAAUCGUUAAAACCACAGUUUUUAAAGACUUCUGCGACAUCGAGCCGAAGAAGUUCCAGAACAAGACGAACGGCAUCACCCCUCGCCGCUGGCUCCUGCUCUGUAACCCCGGCCUGGCUGAGGUCAUCGCCGAGAAAAUCGGUGAGGAUUUCCUGAAGGAUCUGUACCAACUGAAGAAGCUGCUGGAAUUCGUCGAUAACGACAAGUUCAUCAGAGACGUGGCGAAAGUCAAACAGGAAAACAAGCAGAAGUUGGCGGCGUAUCUGGAGAUGACGUACAAAGUCCAGAUCAAUCCAGAGUCCAUCUUUGACAUUCAGGUGAAGAGGAUCCAUGAGUACAAGCGGCAACUGAUGAACUGCCUGCACAUCAUCACCUACUACAACCGGAUCAGGAGAGAGCCAAACAAGAAGUUCGUACCCAGAACAGUCAUGAUCGGGGGCAAGGCUGCACCAGGGUACCAUAUGGCUAAAAUGAUCAUUAAGCUGAUCACCUCUGUGGCGGACGUGGUGAAUAACGACCCGGUUGUGGGCGACCGGCUGAAGGUCAUCUUCCUGGAGAACUACAGAGUCUCACUGGCUGAGAAAGUGAUCCCAGCAGCAGACCUGUCCGAGCAGAUCUCCACUGCCGGCACGGAAGCUUCCGGAACAGGCAACAUGAAGUUCAUGCUGAAUGGCGCCCUCACCAUCGGCACCAUGGAUGGCGCUAACGUGGAGAUGGCUGAGGAGGCCGGAGAGGAGAACCUUUUUAUUUUCGGCAUGAGGGUGAAGGAUGUGGAGGCCAUGGAUCGCAAAGGCUACAACGCUCGUGAGUAUUAUGACCGCUUGCCGGAGCUCAGACAGGUGAUCGAUCAGAUAUACACAGGUCACUUCAGUCCUAAAGAGCCAGAGCUGUUUAAGGAUGUCGUCAACAUGCUGAUGGAUCAUGACCGGUUCAAGGUGUUUGCAGAUUAUGAGGCUUAUAUCAGCUGUCAGGAGAAGGUCAAUGACCUCUACAAGAACCCUAAAGAGUGGACCAAGAAGGUGAUCAGGAACAUCGCCAAUUCUGGAAAAUUCUCCAGCGAUCGCACCAUCUCAGAGUAUGCGCGUGAGAUCUGGGGGGUGGAGCCUACAGAUCUGAAGAUCCCACCGCCCAAUGAGCCUCGAGACUAAGGCGGGGCUUUCGGCGUGGACUUCAUAUACAUUCUGUUCUUUCCUUCAUUAAUACUGUAGGUGUGGUUGGUUCUGUUUAAGGUUAUGAUUAACAGAUUGAUGAUCCUUUCUUUUUCAUAGCCAGUAGAUUAUCUACUGUUUGGCCACGCCCACUUCCCCUUUUUAAUACUGUACAUGUGUAACCUUUACAGCCAGCCAGCUUUUUGUGCCUUAUUCAGCAGUUUUGAGCGAAAUGCACAGUUAUAUAUUUACAUAUCAUGCCUGACAGCUAGAAAGGACACAAUGUUGAUUGAUGUUUUGUGAAAUUUAAGGAUGCCUUUUAUACGCGUUAGCGUUUCUUUCAGGAGCAAAUGUAUAAUUACUGCGACUACUGUAGGCAAAUCUGCAAAAGAAAAAUUGAAUUAAAGCAUUACAUUGAAAUCUAGCAACUCCAACUAGAGAAUAUUUAGCACUGCUAGCAAUUAUGCUACUUGGCAAAUUUUGCAAUUAGCACUUUAGAUCACGUGCAGUGGUUAGCACUUAGCAUAUCUUGGCUCUUCUAUUUUAUAUCAAGUUAAUGAUGCUAGAUGCUAGCAUGUAUGUUGUGAUUAGCAUGGAUGCUGUCAUCAGUAACAACUGUUCCUUUUUUCCCCCUACAUUAAAAAAAAAGAAGAAGAAAUUAUAGAUUGUAAUGUGAAAAUUAAAUAUUCAGCACUUAAAAGCAUUAUGAAAUUGCACUUCACUUGGCUAAUGGAGACGCCAGUUAAUCAUUUCAACCAUUCAUAACUCCAGACUUACAAGGCUAUUUAUGCUGUUCAUAUACAUAAAAGCUAUAAAGAGUAAAAAGAUUUUUUUACAAUCUCUUUUUUACAUUAACUCAGUUUGUGUCUGCGUGUCUUAAUGGAUUAAUGUGCCUUUACUCAGAUUGUGUGUUUGCACCCUUUACAUGAGCACUAUGAGAUUUCACACAUUUGUGUUUGACAAAAAUAAAUAAAGCUGUUUAAAGGA